UAAUUAGAAACAGCCAAAACAAAGAUACAGUGAGUUUCUUCUGUAGCUCUAGAGUGAGUUUCUCUAGAGCCCUUGCUGUGAUCAAGAGAAGAGUCAGAUCCUUGGGAUGGCCACUGCUAAUGAGAAACAGGCUGUUCGAAAGAUAACUGUGAGUCUGAAGCCAGCUGGAGAUGCUCCGACACUCAACAAAAGCAAGUUUCUAGUGGAGAGUGACAAGACUGUGGGUUGGCUGCAUCAGUGGCUCAGGAAGGCCAUCAAGUGUGAACCAGAUGAAUCAACAUUUGUGUAUGUGAGUCAGUGCUUUGCCCCUCCGUUGGACCAGGAUCUGGACACUCUGCAUCAGUGUUAUGGUACUGGAGAGAAGCUCAUUCUACACUACUGCAAGUCUCAAGCUUGGGGAUGACUGACACUGCCUC